GCCAGAGACAGAAACAGAGACAGCAGCAUUGACUCCUGUAAAACUGACUUUUCACAUGUUUUUCACCUUAAAAUGGCUUCAAACAUUUGUGAAAAUUCAAAUUUGACAAAGAAUGUGAGAUACUGCAGAGGAGCCAGAGAGGACGGCGGGGAGAGGGUGGAGACUCUGGAGGACAACUACGAGAAUGUGGACACGGACCAUCGUGGUGAUAUUUCCACACAGGGUGGGGGAGCACAUACUCAAAGGCGUCUCGCAGCUGUGCAAAGAAACCCUUUAAGAACUGCUGCUCUGGUCCUGGGCCCCCUGCUGGUAGCUGGAGUCGUUGUCCUGUUCAGACUCUAUAGUUCAGCCAUUGUGAAAUACAACCAGCUCAGCAGCAGUUAUGACGAGCUGCAGAGACGUUAUACCAACCUGAGUGACAGUUUCUGCCAGACAGAGGACCAGACAAAGGGGAACAUCACAGAGUGGAGGAGAUUUCGAUGCAGAUGUUACUUCAAAUCCACUGAGAGGAAAAGCUGGACAGAGAGCAGGAGGGACUGUCAGAGCAGAGGAGCAGAUCUGGUGGUAAUAAACGACAAAGCUGAACAUGAUUCUGUCAGUGAACAUGUAGAUUCCUGGAUCGGCCUGCAGCCAGUGAAAGACCAGUGGGGAAAGGCUUGGGAAUGGCAAUGGGUGGAUGAAUCAAAUACAAAUUAUUGGCCCUGGCAGGCAGAGGUGACGCCUAACCCUGUACACGGGGCUGCAUCGACAGCAUACAUUAAUCUGAAGGGACCCUGGGAUCAAACCAACGAGGGAUCCAAACGAUGGAUCUGUGAGAGACGGAUCUGUUCAGUCUGACAUGUGACAUGCAGCUGUGUUGUUAUGGGUUUGAUUCUUGCUGAGGACCUUUACUCUCUUUAUCAUGAGCUCUUACUGCCCUCCCUUAAAAACAUCUUAAUAAAGACAAACAUGAGAAAGUUAAAUGUAAGACAUUACUCGUGUGUGUGAAACAUGGUUGACUACAAAAAGGCAGAAAUCUUCAUGAUAAUAAAGAAAACAAAAUAAUAUUCAAAGAAAAACACAGACUUCUAAAUUUCACAGCAAUCUGCCCUUUACUGCUGAACGAGACGAGGCAGGUCGACAUAAAUAUUGGACUAUUUGUUCUGUCUUUAACCAAACAGAGUUUGACAGCUUGAAAGAGGUCCAGUGUGACGGUGACAUUCACGUAAUCAGAUCACGACGGAUCGGAAAUGUGCAACAUUUUGCUGAUGCUUGAUAUCAAACAAAGCAGGAGACUGUCUCACAUUAAGUUACUGUUGGCUGUAAAUUCACCACCUUUACACAGAAAGCAGUAGAUAACGUUAUCUCAGAGCCUUGUGGGACAGAGCCUG